AGCAACUUCUUCUUACGUGCAUAGUCGGAGGCCAGCCUCUCUUCUUCCACCACUGCACAGCGCGGCGCCGACUUGCACUACUUCCGCUUCCUUCGUCUGCAACUGCAGCAGUGGGAAGCGUUAAUUCGUCUUCAACUAGCAGCUACACUUCGUUUUCAACUGUAAAGUGCGGCGGCGACAGCGCAAUGGCAUCUUCCAUUGCUGCUCAGCUUGAGGCGAUAAAGUCUUUGGUAGUCACUGACUCACAAUCUCAGAAAAGACCCUUCACUCGUCCUUCUAUUUUAUUCGACCCCAAGAAAGCAGCCGACAUCGACUUGGAUACAAUUCUUAGCAUUGCUCUAUCUGGUUUAGAGGUCUUAAUAAGCACGGAUGAAAGGUUUAGAGCUUAUAGGGGUGAUUUAUUUAGUCACCAGAGCAGAGAGAUGGAUAGAGAGCUGAUGAAUAUUGAAGAAAAUAACAGAAUUAAUGCAUCUAUUAGUUCGUACUUGAGGUUACUAUCAGGAUAUUUUCAACAUCAUUCUGCAGUAAAGACGCUAGAAUACUUGCUCCGAAGAUUCAAGAUACAUGUUUACAACAUGGAGGAUCUUAUUCUGUGUGCUCUGCCUUACCAUGAUACACACAUUUUUGUUCGAGUUGUUCAACUCAUCGACACAAGAAAUAGCAAAUGGAAGUUCCUUGACGGUGUCAAAGCAUCAGGUGCCUCACCUCCUAGGAGAAUUAUAGCCCAACAGUGCAUUCGUGAUCUCGGGGUUUUGGAAGUUUUGUGCAAUUAUGCCACACCCACAAAGAAGAACCAGCCUUCAAGGCCUGUUGUUGGCUUAUGUACAGCCGUUAUUGUUGAGGCUUUGGGUUCUCUAGGAACUAUUGGCGGUGAUGUUGUGAAGAGGGUGAUUCCUUAUGUCAUUUCUGGAUUGCAGCUUGACAACAAAGGAGAUCUGGAUCAAAAAGCUGGUUGUUUGAUGAUUGUGGGUUUACUGGCAAACAAGGUCAAAAUGUCUUCUAAACUUGUCAAAAGCUUAACUCGGUCUGUUGCUGAAUUAAUGAGAGACGAUGCCAAAGAUUCUGCAGAUGUGCAAUGGUUUCGCAUGUCCUUUAUGGCAUUGAUCAAUCUGGUUCAGUUUCAAGAUAUGGAUGUUAUCCCCCAAAAGACCGUGGAUCUCCUAAAGGAAUUAAGGGAUCUUCCUGGGAUACUUGCUGCUCUAACUAGAGACUUUAAUGUUGAUAAAUUUUUGGCUGUUCUCCUUGAUUCUCUAAUAGAGUACAGUUCAUCUGAUGACUCUUGCUGCAACACUUUGUUAGCUUUGAUAGCAACUGUUCCUAUGAGGCACUUUAUUCAUAGAAUUGUCUUUAAGAUUCUUCAUUCUUGCAUGAGGUUGGCAAAGAAGAAGAAUGGUUUGGAAACUCUUGAAACAGGAAGCUUUGCCAAGAAAGUUUUGGUCUCUAUAAAUAAGAGCUACCCAUCGGAAUUAUUGGAGGCUGGUCGGAAAUUUAUGGAGAAUGCUGAAACACAAUCAGAAGAUCAUGGUUCAGCAUAUGAUACUCUCUGCAAGAUUUUGGAUGGAGGUUUGGAUUCGUCAGUUGAAAUAUCUGAUUCAAAAGUAUGGUUUGCUUUGGAACAUCCUAAGCCCGAGGUUCGGCGAUCCGUGCUUUCAGGAUUGAAUGCACUUAACAUUUUGAAAGAUAAGGCUAGUGAUGCCAAAGGACUUGUAGCUGUCUGUGAUGCUAUAGUGCGCCGGCUUCAUGACGAUGAUUUGACUGUGGUUCAGGCCGCACUAAGGGUCAAUAAACUGUCUGAAAUCAUAAAUCCAUCAACGCUUCUUGAUGCACUCCAACACUUGCUCCAGAGAUGUAUUAGCAUUCUCAUGACAUCUACAAUGGAAAUGUCACUUGCAAUUGAUGCUGGUAUAUUAUGCAUGGAGGCUCUCUCAGACUUAAAAGAUCAGUUUGAAUGUACUAAGCAUGUUGCCACAAUGAUUUUCCCCUUAUUGUUAGUUCUCCCUAAGACUCAACGUUUAAACUUGAAGGCCAUAGAAUUGGCCAAGAAAAUCAAUUGGCCUUUCUAUGAAAAUAUUGGAACACCUCCAAUUGAAGAGAAGAGGCUGAAACAGAGUUCCAUAACUUCUUUCAACAAGGAUACUGUAAGAAGGUUUGCAGAAACAGUCUCAUUGGAUCCAGCAAAACAUAUACCGUGGCUUGUUGAAAAUUGCAAUUCUUCCGAGUUUUCAAAGACAUUAUUUUUCUUGGUCUUAUUGGAUUUAUCCAUGGAGCAGAAGAUUGAUGAUGUCCAAUUUCAUGCAUUACAUGAUGCUUGCUAUCCAAUUCUUAAAACUGAAUGGAAUCUAUUGGAUUCAACUGGAGAAGUACCUAACGAGGAAACAAGCAUAAUAAUUAUGGAUGGAGACUGCUAUAUAUUUUUGGAGCAACUUUUUCAAGUCAAUAUUGGUGCCAAAUUGAGACAACUCAAUGCUGAGAUAUUGCUUGCCUUGUUCUGGAGGUUGCUGGAGAAAUUUUUUACUACGGUUUCAUCAGGUUUCUACAAGGAUGAUGAGCAGGGUUGGCUGUCUUCACUGCAGGAUUUUUUUGUAUUUUUCUCUUCAUCUAAGUCAAAACAUGUUUUCCAUAAACAUCUCAACUUUCUAGUCACAAAAUCCAAGAAUUCCCAAGGCAGAUUUCUAUCUAGAUUUUUCACUGAAGAAGGUAUUCCAUUAGCUGUCCAACUGGAAAGCCUUCGCUCUUUCAUGUUUCUUUGUUCUCAAUCAGAUGAAGGUUUACUUGUCCAACUUCUGGCUGAAUUUCCUUCACUGCUUGUUCCUCUGUCAAGUGAUAUUCAGGAUGUGCGAGCUGCGGCCAUGAAGUGCAUUGAGAGUUUAUCUGCUCUAUGGCCUCGUGUAAACCUUUCAAAAUAUAAAACCAGUGAAAGUGGAAAAUGGAGUCACUUUCUCGGGGAACUGCUAAGCUUAAUGGUUGAAUUUAAAGCAUUGUUACUAUCUGAUAGAAAUGUGCUUUUCUCGUUUUUUACAUCUGUGCUGGGCUGCUCACGCAAUAAUCUUCUACUGCCAGAAACAAUUGGAGAAAGGUUUGAAAAAUCUAAAAAGAACCAGAUCAUGCAUUUCAUUGUUGGCUUUGCUCUAACCCUUCCUUCUUUUGCACUGCUAAACAUCCUUUCUUUGGUCAAAGGAGUGGAUGGUCAACUCUUACAUGUAAAAGAUGUUAAAAUAUUGGCUAGCACGCUUUUGAAAAGGCGCCGUGAAUAUCAUAUUCAACAUGCAGAUUCUUGCCAAAAGUUGUCAAAGACAGAGGUUUAUAUCCUCUGCCUUCUACUGGAGACUUGUGCUGAAUUUGUGUCUUCUUCACCUGGUAAAUGUGAAGACCUACUAUUGGAGGUGCUGCAGCAGGGUGAGCCAGCCUCUGAAGAUCCAGCUGUUUUGCUGCCUUUCAUAACUGUCUUGAGGAGUCUCACUAACUCAUUGUUUGGAGCUAUGAGUAAUAAAAAUCAGGAAGAGAUCUUUCGGGAGCUUGUUUUUCUUUUCCGAAGCUCUAAUGGUGAUAUACAAAAUGCUGCGAGGGAGGUUCUGCUACGCUUAAAUAUUACUUGCUCAAUUAUCAGUAAAAUGCUUGACCUUGCUCUCGGCCAGGACUUUUGCCUAGUUGGUUCUAAAUCUAGGAAGAAAAGAUCUAAACUAAUGUCUCAUGUAAACUCCUCCUUCAUUGGUGGCGAAAAUGGGGAGAAAAUUAUCUCUUUCCUUGGUUCACUCUUGGAUAUUGUGAUGUUGAAGAAAGAAAUAGAGGGCAGAUUUUCUCUUCUUGUGCCGUUGUUUAAGGUUCUCCAAAAGAUAUCUAUGGAUGAUUUUGUACCCAAUGAAACUUUAUCCAGUCAUAUAAGUUACAUUCAGCAGACACUACUAUUGAUUAUUGAAGAUAUUACUGCUUCACAUUUACCUCACACUCUGGUUCAGGGUGAAAUAAGUAGUGAUAACUUGAAUCUAUUAACCAAAUGUGCACGCGUUACAAAUGAUGCAAGUGUCCGCAAUGGAAUAUUCUCCUUGUUUUCUACCCUUUCAAAGGUCACGCCGGCCCUAGUGUUGGAUCAAAUACCAGAUGUUGUCGUGCUUAUAGGAGAAUCAACUCUAACAAAGUGGGACAAUCAUACACAAGAAGUGUUGCAAAAUCUCAUAUCUGCAAUAGUUUCAUGUUGGUUAUCUCAGAAUAAUAGCAUGGAAAAGUUGCUUCAGAUGUUUGUCAACGUGUUGCCAAAAGCUGCUGAGUAUAAGAGGCUGACAGUCAUGGUUCACCUCUUAAGGACUCUUGGUGAAAGUACGAGUUUGGGUUCAUUGCUUGUUCUUCUUUUCCGUUCCUUGGUUUCAAAUAAAGGAUUAUCCAUCAUCAGCGACUCCAUUCAACAUUCAAAUCCCAUGAGUUCUCUUAUUCGCACACAAUGGGAAUAUUCAUUUGCAACACAGUUGUCUGAUCAAUUUUCAUGCUCAAUAUGGCUUCCUGCCCUAGUAAAGUUGAUCCAAGAGAUUGGAAAUUUAUUGUCUGGUGGUGGACCACCUUUUGAAUUGCUUGUUGCUAUGCAAUUCAUUUCGGAUAAAAUCCAGGACCCUGACAUUGCAUUCAAACUUGACUCCGCUGAAGAAUCAGAGAUCAUUCAGAGAAUGGUGGGAACAAUUAUGGAACACGUGGUCAUCUUAAUGCAGCAGGUCGACUCAGCUAAAAAGCAAAAGGCUGAUUCUGCUAUUAUCAAAAAGGAAGUGAAGGAGUGUAUGCGUUCCAUUCUGAAAUGCAAUAUGAAGGUGCUGACGUCCACUACAUACUUGGAAACCAUCAUUAGAUUGCUGGGACAUGCAAAUAGGAAUGUUAGGAAAAAGGCUCUUGGGCUUCUAUCUGAAACACUAAAGGAUUUGGGGACUGGAAAAACAAAACGUGAGAAGAAGGGAGUCAACAAUUUAACGAAGUUAUGGAGUAAUCCCAAUGAUAAGGCCGUGGAGUUACUGAACAGGACAUGUUUAGAAAUACUGAAACUUGUUGAAGACGCCAAUGGUUCACUGAAAUUGGCCGCAAUUGUUGCUGUGGAGGUUUUGGCCCACAGGUUUCCUUCCAGCUAUUCUAUCUUCAGUGUGUGCUUAACCUCCAUCACCAAAAAUAUUGCUUCAGAUGAUGGGGCUAUCUCGUCAUGCUGUCUGAGGACAAUAGGGACUUUAAUUAAUGUGCUUGGUCCAAAGGCUCUUUCCGAGCUUCCUAAUAUCAUGGAAAAUUUGCUGCGGAAGUGUCAGAAUUGCACCUCUAGCCAAUCAACAGAUUCAAAGGAUUCCUUUUUCAUGUCUACUCUUGUUGCUUUGGAGGCAAUUGUUGACAAACUUGGUGCUUUCUUAAAUCCAUAUCUCGGAAGCAUUCUCAGACUCAUUGUACUGCAUCCUUUUUAUACAUCAGGUAGUUCAGACCAAAAGUUAUCAUCGAAAUCCAGCGCAACUAGGAAGCUUAUAUGUGAAAAAAUUCCUGUUCGACUCUUACUUCCAUCGCUUCUCAGCAUAUGUUCCGAGGCUAUAACAUCCGGUGAAUCGAGUUUAUCAAUUGUUUUUGAAAUGUUGGCAGAUUUGGUGCGUACGAUGGAUAGACAAUCUGUUAACGCUUACCAUACAAGGAUUUUUGAUGCAUGUUUGUUAGCACUUGAUCUUCGCCGCCAAAACCUUGUCUCGGUUAAGGACAUCGAUCUUGUUGAGAAAGGUGUCAUUGAUGCAACAGUUGUUCUCACUAUGAAACUCACAGAGACUAUGUUCAAGCCUCUUUUUAUCAGAACUGUUGACUGGUCAGAGUCAAAUGCGGGCACAGACAGAGCAAUAUCUUUCUAUGCAUUGGUUAAUAAGCUCGUUGAAAGCCACAGAUCGUUGUUUGUUCCGUACUUCAAGUAUUUGCUGGAUAGUUCUGUACGCCAUCUGAUAGGUGGUGCUGAAGACUCAAAGGCGACUCCGGUGCCAAAGAAGAAGAAACAGAAACUUCUGGAAGUAAUUGGAGAAUCAAAAGAUAAUCACUCUGAAUUAUUGCCUGGCAUAUGGCAUCUGCGUUCUCUAGUUUUGUCAUCAUUGCACAAAUGUUUUCUGUACGAUACUGGAAGUCUCAAAUUCCUUGAUUCAGCUAAUUUCCAGGUCCUGCUCAAACCUAUUGUUUCCCAGCUAGUUGCUGAACCACCAUCUUCUCUUGAACAACAUCCAGAAAUCCCUUCCAUCAAGGAAGUUGAUGAUUUAUUGGUUGCUUGUGGCGGUCAGAUGGCUGUUGCUGCCGGUUCAGAUCUUCUUUGGAAGCCUUUAAAUCACGAGGUUCUGAUGCAAACUCGAAGUGAGAAGGUUAGAUCCCGGAUCCUGGGAUUGAGAAUUGUGAAAUAUCUUGUGGACAACCUGAAAGAAGAGUAUUUGGUUCUCUUGCCGGAGACUAUUCCCUUCCUUGGCGAGUUGCUUGAAGAUGCAGAGCCUUCUGUUAAGGUUCUGGCUCAGGAGAUUCUCAAGGAAAUGGAGAAUAUGAGUGGAGAAAGCCUUGGACAGUAUCUUUAGAUGUUUCCAAGUUUGAGAAGAGAGAAUGGAAGAUGAUCCUGUGUUGUCCAAUGUGUAUAAAAAAUAUCAGAUUACUUAUUGGAUUUGUUUCACACAUUAUUGUUCUUAAAUUCAUAGGAGUACUUACUAGGAAGCGGUUUUGUAGCUACUUAUGCUUCCUUGACAGUAAUUUGCAAAUUACUUUGGGUUAUUUUAUCAUUUUUCAUCCUUCAGUUUGAGUUU